AUGCAACUACACCAACCUCGCUGUGCUCCGUUCCUACUGCUGUUUUAUUUUUAUUAGGUUCAUUAAAAACAACAGAAAAAAACACAUCCAGUGGAAGAUAUAUUAACUAUAAUAAAAAAACUGAGCCCGGAUAGAACAUUGAGUAACGAAUGGCAUUUGGCUUAAUUUUCAUAACGAAUAAAGUACAUAUUUCAUCUAUGUCAUUUGCUUGGCAAGGUAAUUGAGGAGGUACUUCGCUAAACAAUAUUACAUUGCAGUUCAGUUACAAUCAGUCCAGCAACAGCCCAGUAAGAAGUGUAGCCGUUGUUCGUUCCGGAGUCAAACAUUUUAAUGUAAAGUAACAAAUGGAUCAAAGUGGUUCUACUGACAUAGCCCUACGGGUAACAAACGCAUACAAGUCGUUUAACAACAAAACCAAAAUAAUCAAUGGGUUGAACAUGACUGUACCCCAAGGAUGUAUCUACGGUCUUUUGGGCCCUAGCGGUUGUGGAAAAACUACGUUAUUAAAUUCUAUUAUGGGAACACAAGUUUUGGAUUUUGGAGUCAUAGAUAUACGAGUGAAGUCCAAAAAGGAUAUUGGAUACAUGCCCCAAGCUUUAUGUUUAGACAAACAUCUUACUGUGGACGAAUCAUUGAUGUAUUACGGAACGUUAUAUAAUAUGUCGGGAGAAAAUAUUGCACUUAGAUCGACCGAACUCUGUAGUGCUUUUGAUAUAGACUUUCAGAAAUCAUUUAUUAAAAAUUUAAGCGGAGGACAGUGUCGGAGAGUUUCACUAGCAAUUAGCUUGUUGCAUAAUCCAAAAAUAAUUGUAUUAGACGAACCUACGGUCGGAAUUGAUCUUAUAAUUAGUUUCAAUAUUUGGAAAUAUUUUGUAAGUUUAGUAAAAAAUCAUGACAAAACUAUUAUCAUAACGACUCAUUAUAUUCAAGAAGCUAUUCAGGCUGACAUGAUUGGUUUAAUGAGAAAUGGCAGAAUACUUAAAGAAACGUCACCUCAAAGUCUGUUGAUCCAACAAGAAACCAAUUCUCUUGAAACAGCGUUUUUAAAACUUUGCCAGUCAAAAGAGGAAAUAUUAGUUGAAGAAGUACCAGAUAUUUCACACGAAACUUCAAAAGGGCCAAAUUGGUUUCAAGAUAAUAACUCAGACAGUUAUCUGACUCCACAUCGUAUCCGGGCGUUGUUGAAAAGGAAUUAUUCAGUGAUCUCCAGAGAUUUUUUGUAUACAUUUUUCAUGAUAAUAUUGCCAACAAUUCAAAUAGUAAUUUCAAACUUUAGCAUGGGCAAUCGCAUUGAACAUGUUAAUAUAGUUAUUUCAAACGAUGAAAUUGAUAUCUCGAGAUGUAGCGAUGCUAAUUUCGAAGGAUGUUUAUUCAAUGAUAGCUACAGCGGUACUUUGAGUUGUGAAAUGUUCAACUAUUUGAAAUACCUCAAUUAUGAUUUUGUGGAAGUCAACAACAAAGACGACGGAUUUAAUACAGUAAAUUUAGGUGAAGCCAUUGCGUUUGUUCAUUUCCCUCAUAAUUAUACUAAAGGACUUCGACAACAUGUUAUUAGAAAUGCAAGCUAUGUGUAUGAAUCAGAGUCACUUGUGUAUUUGCAUAGUCAAAAUUAUGUAUUUAAAAGUCAAAUUUUUUAUGAUCUACAUAAUGUUUUAAAUCAUGUUUUGGAUAAUGCGAUGACUCGAUGUUCCGCUAAUAAAAAAACUGUUAAAAUACCUAUGGAUAUAAAAAGAGAAUUUGGUAUAAAUGUUGAAUCACUAAGAGAUACAUUAAUUGGAUUUAUCAUUGUUAUUUGUUCAUUCUACUUUGCAAGCGUUUGCUCAGCAAGUUUUAUGCUAAUGGAAAAACAAGAUGGUUUACUAAGUAGAACACGAUUAUCUGGGGUUACGAUACUAGAAGUCAUAAUAGCUUUAGUAGUUAUUCAGUCAUUUGUAUAUAUAUUUCAAAUGAGUAUAAUGAUAUUUGUAACAUACUACAUUUUUCCAAAUACGAUAGAGAAACUAAGUAACAUUUAUUUAAUGAGUGUAGUCUUUAUAUUCACUUUCUGGGUUGGAUUCUUAUACGGCGUAAUUGUUGCUGGAAUAUCAAGAAACAGUACUGAAGUUAUGUUUUUGACGUUUGGAUACGGGCUUUCGGCAGUUAUGGUAGGAGGUUCUUUGUGGCCAGUAGAAUCUCAAUACUCGUUAAUUCAGCAAAUUUCCUAUAACCUACCGAUUUCUGUGGCAGCAAGACUGAUAAACAAUUUCGUUCAUAAAACGUUGUCGAUAAUUCAUCCCGUGAUGUUAAUUGAUUAUGCAAAAUUAAUUGGGCAUGUAUUUGUACACUCAGCUGGAAAAACAACUGGCAGUGGCCAAGAUUCGAACCAACGACCGUGCGUGAUAACAUAAGUUAUAUGAUCAAAUGUUAAAUUAUAAAUAUUUAACACAAUGCUUAGAGGCGGUAUUAUUAAAUGCAUUAAAUGUAUUUUAUAAAUUAUGGUAUGGUAAGAACAGAGAAAUAACAAUAAAUUAGAAGUAAGUAACUUAAACAUUUUUUUCGAAUUUGACAAUAAUUUCGUUAAAUAACAAACAAAGUUUGUAAAAAAUUAUUUCUUUCUGUAAAGAUUUUAUUUACGAGAAAUUAAUUUGUGAGAAAGUUAACGGUGAUCUAAAAAUUUAAGCAUCAAUUUUUUCUGAUCCUUUUUUUUUAUAAAUCUUUAUGGGUCACCCAGUGCGCUAAAAGCUUUAGAUACUCUAGCCACUUUUCUUAUUCAAUAUCAUCUUAUACUAUCAUCUUACGCGUACUUUACCUACCGUCCUAAAUUUAAAACUAUAAUAACAGUUAUAUAGUUUUAAAUUAGGUAGGUAAAGUACGCGUAGAUAAUAAUAAUACUACACUUCACUCUUCUUUCCGUCUUAAAUGUUAUACUUUAAUAAUAUUAAAAGUAAUUAUUCAUAACUGGUCAUUAA